AUGACCUCUUGGAUGCCUACUUCAUUUUUACUUCUUCUAGUGGUCAUUUUCGCUCUCCUUCCGGCGGCCAAUAAAGACGUGCCUAGAAGGGUCAACUUUUUUUCAGGUUGACAUCCACCAAAACAGUUUGAGAAAAUCUGAACAGUUCUUAUGAGUACAUUCAGAGCCCUACUAGUAAAACAAACUAGUUUUCAACAAAAUCGAGACGAAAAUAGAAACGGAAAAAAUUGGAGAGGAAAGUAAAAGGAAAACGCGCGCCGUCCCAUGGCGCGGGGCGGCUGCGUCGCAGCUCCAUCUGUUCCCGUUUUGCACUGAAUCAGAAUCCAGUUUUUUCCACGACCUUUUUCCUGUUUGAUUUGUCAUCUCUGGGUUUCACGAACGCCACUGGCGGUUACCUGAGAAAUUGCAAAUUUCCUUGGUUUUUCAUUUGUGUUUUCAGUUUUUCGCUUUUUUGUUUAGCCUUAUUUUUGAAGCUUUAAGGUAUAACAAUGGCUGAUCCGGUAGCCGAGUUUCUCGCUCGCGAACAGAACAUUUUUGCCGAGUUCGACGGAGCUCCUCCGGCCGAAGGUAAUUGAAUAAAAUGAUUUUGAAGUUAAGCUUGGAAAAAAAAUGGGCCUUUUCAUGAUAAUAUGGAAUAUUUGCUGAAUUAAAUAAUAUUCUUUUUUUAUUCAUUAAAAGAUUUUUCUUAAAAAUUGUCCUCGUUUCGAAGCGUUCCGUUUGAAUGAGGGACAUAUGUCAUUUUCAUCAUUUAAAGCGCUACUAGGAAAUCUGAAGCAAUUUUAGUUUUGAAGCAUUUUCAUUACUAUUCGAGAAAAAUUUGUGUAUAUUAUGUUAUAUAUCGCCUUUUGGUUAAGAAUGACGGAGAAGUGUUAAUUCGUCUUAUUUUUUCAAUUAAAAUUUUCAGCACCUCCUGUGGCUGUGCCCGCUGAUGAUGAACAGGAUGAUUUUUGGAGAUCUUCAGGUACUUUCUAAUUUUUAAAAUAUAUUCUAAAAAAAUUUUUUUAAGGACGCUCAACCUGCCGUACAUCCUGUAGAUUCCGGAGUUGAUCUUCAGGGUCUUGAAGACAAUCUUCCGGCCGAAGUUUCCGCGCCUGCUCCAGGUACUUUUCCAAUUAUUCGAAUUUCGGUAAAUUGUAAGUUUCAGCUCCACUUGUCAAUGGAAACGGCCAUUUGUCGUCGGCGAGUUCCAAAGGACCUACGCCGGUCCCUUACACUGUUCCCCGUAUCGAAGCUGAAAAGAUCCGUUUGUGGAAAGAACAACAGCGAGAACUUCUUGAGAAGAAAGGUGAAAGUCGCUCUGAAAUUACCCAGAGUUUGUUGUUUGUGAUGAAAAAGGAGUCGAUGAUGUGGUUUCCUGUAUGAACAUUUUUUUGAAAAUUUCUCAAUGGGUCAUUUACGAAAAAUUUUUCCUGAUUAACAAAAAAAGUUUGACGAUUUUUAAAUUAGUCUCUUAAAUUUUUCAGUUAGUCCUUUUUGAGAUUUUACGCUGGGGAAACUUUUGAUGGAAUAGAUUUAGAUUCCAGAAUCUUCAGCUUCAUUUCGAAAUCUAUUCCUUUUUUUCUUUUUUUCGAAAAUUUUUUUCUGUUGAAAAAAAUUUUUGUUUUUGAAGAUAAGCGCUUAUUUGUGUUAUUGCUGUGGAAUGAUUAAAAAUUUUUUUAUGAAAUGAUAAAUAAUGCGGUUUUUCUUAUAAGGUUUUUUUCAAUAGUGUGAAUUGAACUGAAGUCGUAGUUUGCGAAUGUAAUUGAUACUUUAGCUGUGAAGAUAAUAUGUGAAACAAAAUAUCCCACAAUUUUUUUAAAAUAAUUUUUUUGAGAAAUAAUAAAGAUCCAUUCCAAUUUUUUUAUCAUAACUAAAAAAAUGUUUCCAGAUGAGGCCGAGGAGAAGAGAAAAGUUGAACUUCGAGCCAACGCCAAGAAAGAACUGGAGGAAUGGAACCGACAACGUGAGAAGACGCUCGCUCUUGCUCACGAGGAGAAUAAGUAAGAAAGAAACUUCUGGUCAAUUUAUUUAUCUUUUUUUUUUGCAGGAAAAACGAGAAAGCCAACUUGGAGGCUUUUGCCAAACAACAAGACGGCGAGGCUCAAUGGGCUCAGGUCAGCUCGAUGAUCGAACAGAGCAAGUCAAAGAGCUCCAAGGACCUGAGCCGUCUCAAAUCUUUACUUUCGGGUCUCAAGGACGUCAAGAUUUCUGACAAGUUGGUUUUAUUGGCAUUGAAGUUAUUUAAUUUCUUAAGUGUAUAGUGUGUUCAGAGACUUUUUUUAUGUGAUUUUUUUGAAGGUAUAUGUAUAUUUAAAAUCUCUUUUAUAUCUGCCAUUUGCGCCUUCAAACGCUGCAACGAAAGUAUUUUAAUCAUUUUCUGAAAAAAUUUACGAUGAGGAUUCAGUUUUGACGCUAGAUAUGAUAAAUUUUGGAUGGCUGUUAAUUUCUUUUUCCAUUUCAAGGCAUUUAAAACAUUAGAAAGCUGUUUUCAGUGUUCACGAAGAUUCUUUUUAUGUAGUUUUUUUAUUUUGUAGGGGAUCAAGUGUUUUUCGCUAAUUUUUUUCAAACCUGGUUUUUUUAAUUUGUUAUCGAAUUCUUACGUUAGAAUAAAAAUGAAUUUUUUUCUUCUCAAUUAUCAAACGCUUUUUGAGUUUUUUUGAGGAGAAACUACAAGAGGAUUCCGUUAGUUUUGAUAAUAUUCUGAAGAAAACUACAAUCACUAUUUUUUUCAGUCAAUUAUUUCUGAAGUUAAUAUAUUUUUAAUGAUUUAUCAGUUUUCGAGAUUCAGUGAAAUUCCAAAGGUUUUUGAGAACCUUGGCUGUCUUUUUGGAAGAGCAAGACAUUUUUCGGUUCUUUGUCGCUAUACUAAAAACAACGCAAUUUUAAUGAUUUCUUACUACAGUAAGUUUUUCUUCUGCGAUUUUUACAUGUUCUGCAGGUGAGUGAACGGGGAAAAUUUUUAUUUUUUGAAGAAAAUGAGUUCAAAGAAUAAACUAUCAAGUAAACGAUUUUUUUUCUCAGGUAA